UGUAAAGACGAAAGCUUUAGUUCUGAUUUGACGUAGUCUCUGCCUUGGAAACGAGAAGGGUGGUAAAAUAUUAUUCAACUUUAGAAGCAUGGAGCUGACUUCACUCUGCUUCUGGUCUGUGACUAGUCACUUCUUACUUUUGGACUUUGGAGUAGUAACAUUGAGCUCAGUCAGUCACAGUGUUUGCAUUAAAUACCUGUCUGUUAUGGUAGAAGAUAAAUGAGAGUGAGACUUGAAACCAACCAAACCAGAAAGCUUCUGGUUACUUUGGUUGAAGAACAUUGAAAAAUGGCCGUUCCUCCAUCGGAAAUUUCACUCCGGCUGUCGGAUUCUAAGGCAAAUUUCUUCAAAGUUAUACUUCCCCCCACCAUUGAGAACCAAAAACUAGAUAUUCCACUAAAGUCUGCACUAGAAUUUGGGGAUGAACUGUCUAAUGUUGCUACACUAAUUGUUCCAGCUGGUCGUGUUUGGCAAGUGGAUUUGGAAAGAGCUCACAAGAGGAUUUGGUUUGUCGGCCGUUGGCAAAAAUUCGCAGAAUAUUACUCCUUAACUGAUGGUCAGUUCUUAGUCUUUAGUUAUCAAGGAAAUUCGACAUUCCAUGUUCGCAUUUUUGAUUUCAGUUGUUGUGAGAUCGAGUACCCUUGUGUUGGUCAAAGUAUCAAACAUGAAGAGGAUGUUGAGGAUGAUGUUUGUGGAACUCUCCCUACUUCCAGCAAAGGCAGAGGCAAAUGUGUAGAUCAACAUGUUAAGAGGAACAGGAAAAGUGUUGCUAUUACCAAGAGAUUUAAGCGAGCCAAGUUGAAGGUACAGAGAAUGCCUAGCUCACAGGAUUUUCCCACAAGAAAGAAGAAAUACAAGGAAAUAUUUGUUAAGAACAUAGCUGCUUACACUUAUCCUAAUUGCAAAAUUACGAUUGCCAAAGAACAUCAGAAAGUGAUCCAUGCUACCAAAAUGUUCAACUUGGAAAAUCCUUUUUUUGCAGUUAUCUUGCAGCAAUGCAAUCUUGACAACUACUAUAUGUAUGUUCCAACUGCCUUUGGAAGGAGAUAUAUGAGAGGAUGUCCAGAACAUAUCAAGUUUGAGGAUUCUAAUGAAAAGCAGUGGGAUAUCCGAUGCUUUUUCCCAGCAAAUACAAAGGUGAUGAGGAGAAUAGGCAAGGGAUGUGGUGAAUUUUUCAGAGACAAUAAUUUCAAGAAUGGAGAUGUCUGUCUCUUUGAGCUGAUCAAAAGGAAGGAUGUUGUGUUAAAAUUUUCGGUAUUGCGCAACGCUGAAUAUGCAGUCAGGGUCGGUGGGAAAAAGAAAAAUCCAAAGAUUCUUGAUAGUGGAACCUUGUACUUCUCUAAGAAGAUUAAAGAGAUGGUAUUAUCCAGAGAAACCAAGAAGGCGAUGAAGGCUGCGGGAGCUUUGAAGAUUGAAAAUCCUGCUUUCAUGGUCAUCUUGCGAGCGCACAACAUGCGCAACUCUUUUGUGCAUGUGCCUGCUGAGUUUGUGAAGGAUCAUCUGCUUGGAUGUGCUGACUUCAUCAACCUUAAGGCCUCUAGUGACAAGCGGGCCGUGCGCUGCACAGUCUGCACUUAUGAGCCACUACGCCACAUAAUGGAGAUACGCGGAGGAUUUGGUGAAUUUACCAAGCAUAAUAAUUUGGAGGAAGGAGAUGUUUGUGUGUUUGAGCUGAUCAAGAGUGAGGCUGAUGCGCUCAAAGUUUCAAUAUUCCAUGCCAGUGAAUAUGCAAAGUGAAAGCAGCACUGAUCAAUGGUGUCUUUUUAUGUUGUUUAGUUAAUUGUAAUAUUAGUAACGAAGACUUGUAUGACAUUGCUGGUUAUGUUCAAGUUCCAGAGGAAAAAUCACUGGUUUUGUAAAAUAUGAAUCACAUAGAACCUGGAUAUAAGCAAAACAGUAACCUAGGAAGGUCGGUAAGCUCCAUUCAAAUACGUCUUUUGUAAGUC